AUGACAACGACUACCGACGCUGUAGCACAGCCAGCGCUGUCCUUUCCCGAUGCUUCCUCUCUAGAUCUCCUAAUCCCACACUCGUCAGAUUUUGAUAUUGAAGCACAUCUGAAAUCUGGCUCGCAAUUUGUAUCUAGGGAUACUCUGCUUUUUGAGGAAUUGCUGCCUGUAUAUCUUGUCCUUCGCAGCUCAUUGCCUUCCUCUCAACAUGCCUUGCAGAAUCUUGACUUGUACAUAACUGCAUAUGCCACUCAACCCUCACCGCCUCCUCGUCUGCAGCCAGGCGGUGCUCCAGCUCCUCCGCAGCAACCUGUGAAACUGGCCUUGGACUCGGUCACCAUCACGCCUGAGAUGAAACCACUAUUGACUGGUCUUAUUGAUAAUGGUAAUUCAUCAUAUUCUGUCUGGAAGACUACUCUUUAUCUUCGCUAUCCACCUCAAAAACUUCAUCGACCCUCCAUCCAUCUUACCGCGUCAGCCGUUUCCAAGACUGUUAAAGCUUCGUUGAUAUCCAGGACGACCUCUGAAGACGAGUACAUGACUAGUGCAUUACCGACCUCUGAAAAUCUGCUCCAGUCUCUACAGCACAGCUCACAGAGUGCUUCGAGUCAACCGUAUCUCCCGUCCUCUCGCAUCCAUAAGGUGGCACCUCGAGCAGCUCCUGCCACCCAAGAGGCUCGUCCUCUCAGGACAUCGUCGAAACUCUUUUCUGUCUCUCCAGCUUUGGCGCUCAAAGUACACAUUACUCCCGAGCAGGUCUCGGAUAUACUUAUUUGUCUUGAUCUAGAGUCCGCACGGCAUACCGGACAUGGAGAGAUACAAGUAGAUGAUAUCAAGGCAGAAGGGCACAAUAUCAACGUGGAACCAUUCUCUGCUGAUUUAGCUGUCUUGGGUCUGCCAGCGACACUACAAACUGGAGACAGAAGCACUUUCCUGUACAAACUGACGCUCCCCAAAGACACGACUGAGGCUUCCUCUCACCAUCCAACUAGGCCAAGCAGUGUCACAUUCCAGAUUCGCGCUGUCGCUCAGAUCAGCGACACAUGCAGUGCGCAGAUCCAGGCUCGCUGGCACGGAAACGUGAACUUUCCUGCGCCUCGGCCAAUCAAGAUCGUACCGCUUCGACCACAAAGUGUAGCAUCCAAUGUGGGACCCUCAGAUCUACACUCACGACCAUUGAGCAAACGAAUGAGCACAGCCACAACUCGGCCAUUGAGUGGCAUGACCCAAGCCGACUCUGCAGGCGUCACAUUUGCAUUCACCGCACCGGAAACCGUCAACGAAGGCGAGACAUUCCAUCUCGAUGUAUUCGUGGUAAACCGCAGUACGAGGAAAAAGAGGCUUGCAAUUGUCGCUAUUCCUAAACCUGCCAAAUCCGCACAGUCGCAGCACGCCUUGCGCUUCCCCAAUAUCUCGCGACAGGACAGUCAUCACACUGCUGAUGCAGUAUUGGAUGAUCGCAUUGUAUACAAUAUGCAAGAUCAACGCGAGGCUCGAAUGGCAGAAGUCGUGUGUCUGAACGCAGAUGUGCGAGUCGGUCCUCUACCACCAGGAGCUUGUCACAAUGUACAGCUAGAAUUCCUGACACUCUCGACAGGUUUGGUUGGCCUUGCUGCAGUACACAUGGUGGAUUUGGACUCGCGGGAGACCACCCAAAUCACUGAAUUACCCGACAUCAUGGUCUCCAGAUAG